UGAUGAUAAACAAUAGGAAAUUAAAUGUUACCAAGGAAAUUUGUGCUUAAUCAUUGAUUAGAUUUUGGUGUUUACACUUUCAACAAGAUUCAGUUUCUACUUAUAUCUUAUUGAGACCAAUUUAUAUUUGAUAUUUGUUACUUUUAUUAUGUCUGAUCACCUUUCAGGUAAAUUAGUUUACCACAACAAUUGGUGUGAUAAUUUGUUAUCUGAACUGUUAACUAGUAAAUCUCAUACCGAUGUAACAAUUAGAAUCGGUGAUCAAUCCAUUGAGGCUCAUCGUUGUAUCCUCGCAGCAACAAUACCCUUUUUUUCAGCCAUGUUCAACUCUAAUUUAGAUGAUUCUUGCUCUGAUAUUGUCACAAUUAAAUCGGAAGACAUUGAACCAGAUAUUUUCCAGCUGAUAAUUAGUUAUGUUUACUCUCAGGAGAUAAUUAUUGACCCAAAGAACGCUGAUCUUAUCCUGAUUGCCGCUAAUUUUUUGGGCAUCGAAAGUCUGGUUAUCAUUUGCUGUGAUUAUCUAAGGAGACAUUUAGAUAUCGAAACUGUGGUUAGAUCCAAAUAUUUGGGAGAAAUGGUUAAUUGUGAUGAAUUGAUUAAAGAUUCCGAUCAGUUUAUUAUAUCAAAUCUAAUUAGUGUCUCUCAAACUUUACCUUUUCUUCAAUUACCUUACAUUUCUCUAUGUGAUUUUAUUGAAAUGAUUUCAUCGGAUAUAAGGAGACAAUCGAUAUUAUUUCAAGUGAUCUUACGAUGGGUUAAUUACGAUCUGGAAUCAAGAAAAGUUCAAUUUACAUCUUUACUCAAUAAGAUAUCAAUUAGUUUCAUGAGACCUGAAAUACUAAUGGCAAAAGUUCAUGAAUAUCGAACGUUAUUUGACUCGAAAGAAUCUGUUGACUUUGUUUUGGAUGCUCUCAUUUUCCAAAUGUUACCUGAUCAACGAGAUGAUUUAAUGGUAAAAAAAUUGCUUCAUGAUGAAAAUUCAGUUGAUGGAAAAAUCAUUCAGAAGACUAUUUAUAUUCUCGAUAAUAAUGGAUUCAUGGAAACACUCAACCCAAACUCAGAUGAAUGGGAAUCGUUUAAAUUAACCAGCCACCGAGAUAUGAAUGCUCAUGUAACUUUACAUGGACAAUUGUAUCUAAUUGGUGGAUUUGAAAUGUCUCGGAUAACCAAUACUGUUGAAGUUUUUAAUCCAAGGACCAAGGAAUUGUCUAGAUGUCAACCAAUGCAUAUUAGCAGGUAUGCGACAUCAGCGUGUGUUUAUAAAGGAAGGAUAUUUGUGCUCGGAGGAUCAACGACUAAACAAACAACCUCGAGUUCAGUUGAAAUUUAUGAUCCCGUUCAAAAUAAAUGGAUCGUGUCAAGUUCAAUGGAGCUAUCGAGAUGUGAUCACAAUGCGGUCACAAUUAAGAAUCGUAUAUAUGUAUUGGGUGGAGCUCAUCAGGAAUAUUCUCAAGUUAUUGGAGAUGUUGAGAUGUUAAAUCCAGAUAACGGAACUUGGACUCUUGUUGGUAAUUUGAAUUGUCCUCGUCGUUGUUUUGGUUCUACUGUGAUUAAUGAUCUAAUAUACAUUUUUGGAGGUACCGAUGGAUCGACUUGUUUGAAAACUGUUGAAGUUUAUGACCCAAUCAAGGAUAAAAGUGAUUUCAUGCCCUCGAUGAGCUGUGAAAGGGUUAGUCCACUUGUAGUUCAACAUCAAUCUAAAGUUUGGGUAAUUGGUGGAUCGAGAGGUGGGGAAAGUUUGAGAACCACAGAGAUUUUUGAUCUGGUCACCAAACAGUGGACAAGUGGACCUCAACUUGAUAGACCUGCGGCCAGGACAAUCGGUGGUAUCUUAGAUUUCACCGACUAAAAAUAGUUUUUCGUGAGACAACCAGGACAACUUUUCAAACAUUUCGAAUACAGUUUUCAAUGGAAAAAACUUUUUUAAUAUUUUAUUACUGUUACGCCACAAUAAAGUAAAAUAAGAAGUGUCCUUAUU